GGGAGCAUUGAUAGUACGCAAUAUAGGAAAUGUUUCCUUCGAAGUCGGGUUCUAUUCUCUCACUGAACAGAGCCGGACAUUUUUGUGCGGUGGAGCUUAACCCAACUCAAGAGCUGCGGUGCGGAGUCAUAGACCUUCCGAUCGUCAAAACUCUUGCAAAGACAGCGAUAGAUGGAGAGAGAAGAGGAAGAAGACGACAUAGUUUGUUUAGAUCCCUCAUUCUUUGUGAACAACGACUAUCAGCUCACCACGUUUACAUUCGGGUCCCAUGAGAUUGAACUCCUCUGCCUUCAGUCUGCUUCCACUGAUUUUGAUUUAACGGGGCAAUUAGUGUGGCCCGGUGCCUUGCUGAUGAACAAUUAUCUUUCCGGACAUUCUCACCUGCUUCAAGGAUGUUCUAUCAUUGAAUUAGGAUCUGGUGUUGGUAUCACUGGAAUACUUUGCAGCAAAUUUUGCCACAAAGUGGUGUUGACAGACCAUAAUGAGGAAGUUCUAAAGAUCCUGAAGAAAAACAUACAGCUUCAUGCAUCUCCUGAAUCCCUUGGGAAUUCUGCUGGACUAGCAGCUGAGAAGCUUGAAUGGGGAAAUUCUGAUCAGAUAACCCAAGUUAUAGACAAGUAUUCUGGUGGAUUUGAUCUAAUUCUUGGUGCUGAUAUCUGCUUUCAACAAUCAAGUGUACCCUUGCUAUUCAAAACGGCCGAACGGCUCCUCCAAGUACGAGGAAGAGGAAAAUGCAAAUUCAUUCUAGCAUACGUAUCCCGAGCUAAGAGCAUGGAUGUACUGAUACUUGAUGAAGCUUCUCGGCAUGGGAUGCAAAUGACUGAAGUAGCUGGAACACGAUCUGUGGUUGGGAAUCUUCAAGGAGUCAUCUACGAAAUUACACUCAAAUAGAAGCUUUGGGCCUACUAGGAAGAUUUUUUUACUUGCAAAGAACCAUUUUGGAAGGGAUGGGAUAUUGACCCAAAAUUAUUUGACUUGAUUUGUUUAUCUUUAUCGUUCAAGGCUGGAUGGCACAAAUUUUAUUGGAAGAUAUCAGCCAAUGAAGGAGUUGAGGAAGGUAAAUUUGAUGUUACCUACAAUUCCUUGUCAAAAUUCACCCUCUAAUUUAGUAGCUCUCUUUGAUUCUUGUCCAA